GCGCGGAGACAGUUGGUCCAGUCCUGUGUGGCCGCCGCCUGAGAGAACGAGACCUGAGCGGGUCACCCCGGCCUGCCCAUAAGCCUCGCGCCCGCCGCUCCCACCUUCCGCAUGGCGCCGACUCCUUACUAAGCAGCGGCGUGGUGUGCGGGACGCGAGGACCACGCCGCGGAGGCGGCUCCGGGUCGAGGCUUCCAGUCGCUAGCACUUCCUCCUGCUGCGCCCUUGCGUGGCGGUCUCGGCGGGUGGGAUGGCGGCGGCCCAGGGGAGCGGCCGCGCAUCCGCGCCCGGGCUGCUUCUGUUCCUGCUGGUUCCGCUGCUGUGGGCCCCGGCCGGGGUGCGGGCCGUCGUCGACGAAGACCUUAGCCACCGGAACAAGGAACCGGCGGUGCCUGCUCAGCAGCUGCAGCCGCAGCCCGCGGCAGGGCAGGGCCCCGAGCCGGCUCGGGCCGAGAAAGGUGCCACGCCAGCAGCUCCGGUUCAUACUAAUAAUGAAGAUCCAGCCACCCAAGCGAAUCUGGGAUUUAUCCAUGCAUUUGUUGCUGCUAUAUCAGUUAUCAUUGUAUCUGAACUGGGGGACAAGACAUUCUUUAUAGCUGCUAUUAUGGCAAUGCGCUAUAACCGUCUGACAGUGUUGGCUGGUGCUAUGCUUGCCUUAGGCCUAAUGACAUGCUUAUCAGUGUUAUUUGGCUAUGCCACCACCGUCAUCCCAAGGGUGUAUACAUACUAUGUUUCCACUGCAUUAUUUGCCAUUUUUGGCAUUCGAAUGCUUCGAGAAGGCUUAAAGAUGAGCCCAGAUGAGGGUCAAGAGGAACUAGAAGAAGUUCAAGCAGAAAUAAAGAAGAAAGAUGAAGAACUUCAACGAACUAAACUCUUAAAUGGACCAGGAGAUGUUGAAACGGCCACAAGCACAACAAUACCUCAGAAAAAGUGGUUGAAUUUUAUUUCACCCAUCUUUGUACAGGCUCUUACAUUAACAUUCUUAGCAGAAUGGGGUGAUCGCUCUCAACUAACUACAAUCGUCUUGGCAGCUAGAGAGGACCCCUUUGGUGUAGCAGUGGGUGGAACAGUGGGCCACUGCUUAUGCACUGGGCUGGCAGUCAUUGGAGGGAGAAUGAUAGCACAAAAAAUCUCUGUCAGAACUGUGACAAUCAUAGGAGGCAUCGUUUUUUUGGCGUUUGCAUUUUCUGCACUAUUUAUAAGUCCUGAUUCUGGUUUUUAACAGGCUUGUUUUUUCAUUUGUGUUUAGUUGAAGAUAGGUAACUCUUGUCUUUCUGUACAUAGUGUACACUAUAACUAAAAACGAUAGAAAAUACUGUAUUUUGUAGCACUGAUUUGUGAGUUUGAACCAUUUAAUGAGAGUAUUAGGUCCAAAAGAGAUAAUCAUUGAUUCUAUUUGCAACAUGGAUUUUUAAAAGAAACCUAAUCUCUAAGUGUGGAUUGUUUUUUUUUCUCCAGCGUAAUUAUGUUAAUAUGGUCUCCUUUUUUUUGUACAUGCAGAACCAUUGUGUGGUGGAGUCUACCACUUGAUUUUCUUUCAGCACUGACCCCUUUAUAAAGAAUAUAAAUUUUCUCCUGGAUCACCAAGGUGUUUUAAGAUGUCUACCUUAAAAUUUUUCUUGGGGGAAGAAUGAAUAUCUUUUAAAACACUUCUUAAGCCAGUAAGCAAUUUAAUCGAAUCUUUUCAAAAUUGGGA